UUCUGGCCCCGCCUCUUCACUGGUGGUUAUUAAGUCCACUCUCUCCCCUGUAUGUGUGUCCGCGCAUGUGCGCAGCACGCGAUGCAGCCAGCCGGUGAGUGUAACUCGGCAGUAAGUAAGUAGCAGACGCGCGGUCAGUACACACACACAGUGUGACCCUUAGGUAGUCCACACGGUCUCUCAGUAUCGCCAUCCCGUGAAGUCCAACUAUUAACCCCAUUGUGGGUUCUAUCUGAACCUCAACUAAACCUUCCACAGCUACGGUGGCUUCGACCACGGAAAGAAUCCGUUCCUUGCUGGCCGAAUUGGAGAUGUCGACCAGUCGGGGACUGUCAACAACGCUGCCCAGAUCGGAGUCUGAAAUCGUGGUUGACUUCGCCAGACCUCCACCGACUUCGGAGGAUGAUAUGAGUCAUGAUUCCCUCAACGAGGUAGAGUUCUGCCUCCAGAACCUCCCACGUACCUCAAGGAGCAGCUCCAAGAACGCCCUGUACGUGGAGGACUCUGAAGAGGAGGAGGAGGCCAAGAACCCUGGAACAUCGAAGUCCUUCAAGAGCCCCAAAACAACAUCGAAGUCCGCCAACACCCUUCCAGUAUCUUCUAAAUCACUCAAAACCUCAUUAGAGCCCUUGGAUACCCAGGGGACCACCCCGGACUGGAACCUACACACCCAGAGUGAGAGCAACACCUCCCGAGGCUCCAUCAAGGUCGUCACGGACAACAGAAAGACUCGUCUCAGCAGAAACCUCAGCGGGAAGACUGCCAACAGUUCUCCUGCCUAUUCCUUCCGCAGCACCAUCGAUCUCCUACCUUCCUGCAAGAAACGCCGAGGACUAAGACAACAGGUGAUCGUCACCUUCGCCUGCUGCCUGGGACCCCUGGCUUGCGGUUUCGCCCAAGCCUACAACCUCAGCAAGGAUCCUGGCGAGUUCAUGGCACCUCAGCUAGGUCCCUGGAGAACCUACGUUCACCUAAUAGGGUGCCUGAGUGGCGGGUUCCUAUCUGGGUUCCUAGCUAAUUACGGGAGGAAGAUGGUACUUAUGGUAAUCAUGGUACCUAUGGCGCUCUCCUGGUUCUUCGUCAUCUUUGCUACGCAGGUGGGUUGCCUGAUGUGCUUCAUGUUGGGUGAGAUUCUGGUGUGGAAAUCCCUGGCCAUCGUUGGCGUGUGCUUGGUGCUGCCUGUCUUCGUGGCUCUAGUCUUGUGUAUGCCUGAGUCUCCACGCUUCCUGAUUCAUGUGCACCCCAACCACGCCCUGGCCACGCUGCAGUGGCUGAGAGGCCUGGAGAACGACGUCAUGGAGGAGUACCACGACAUCUCCGACAGUUGUGAAAUGGAUCGCUGGAGUAUCGUUUGCAGCGACCUGCUGAGGCCUACCUUCUGGAGGCCUCUGAUGAUUUCCUGCGGCCUCAUGUUCUUGUAUACCAUGACUGGGCUCUCCAGCGUCAUGCUUUACGGCAUGGAACUCUUCGGUGAGGUCUCCAGCGUCUAUAUCAACGUCGCCCACUUCAUAGUAACAGCCAUCUUGAUAGUGGCCAUAACACUAUCGGGUCCUGAUCAUCCCUUAUAUGAUAAUAGUAGAAAAGGUGAGCUGGGGUUAUUGAAAUCUGAAAUGUGUGAUAAUCAUAUUAGUGAGUUGAUAGCACUGAAACCUAAAAUGUAUUCUGUCAAGAUUGCUGGAAGAUCAACUACUGUCAGCAGAGCCAAGGGUAUCCUGCCACAUUUUAUGCCAUUAUUAACACUUGCAAGAUAUAAGAAUGUUUUAACAAAUGUAGAUAGAGAAUUAUUCACGUGUAAGUCUAUAAGUAACGUAAAAGGUGAAAUAUGUACAGUAAGAAUUAACAAGAGAGGUUUGUCAGCCUUUGAUGAUAAAAGAUAUCAUUUGAAUACUAAUGAAUCCUUGGCUUAUGGACACCCUGAUAUUCUGCCAUCUAAACGUAGGAGAAUAGAGUGA